AUGGCCGCUGUGCGUUCUCAGCCCUGGUCAUCCUGGUUGGCCAUAUGGUCAGUGCUGUUGGCAUUUCUCGGGCUCAAUGUUCCCACCGCCGCAGCAGUGACGAGAUGGAUACAAUAUACGGGCAACAGUGGCACAGUAUGGUUGGACGACGCUCGGAAGCCUUCCUUAUACACUCAAAACUUCGGUGACUGCCAAGGCGACUCUCUCAUCAACGUCACUCGCUUCGACGCUGCGUACUAUAAAGACAACAUGACCGUCCUAUUUCACCUGGAGGGGAAUUCUGCGUUGACAAACCAGAGCUUGAUGCUCUAUAUUGGUGUCUUUGCUUACGGGGAGUCUCGUUUUAAUUUGACCUUCAACCCGUGCAAUGCCAACAUUGACAGUCUAUGUCCGCUGAACUCUUCAAUACCAAUCACGGCCAAUGGCAUCAUUCCCGUGUCGCAAGCAGACGUGGCCAACAUCCCAUCAAUUGCGCUCACCAUCCCGGAUUUCGAGGGGGAGGCCAUUCUUCGAAUCUUUGCCAAUUCAACUCAGUCUCAGAUCGCUUGCUUCUCCGCCGUUGUCACAAAUGGCUCGACAUUCUCACACCCGUCGGCCGUUGCGAGUAUACUUGGUGUGUUCACCAUCGUGGCCUUGAUUUCUUCGACUGCGGUUACCAUGUAUGGACAGACCGUUCCCGAGACUCGCAAACAUUAUGCUCAUUCGAUAUCGAUGCUCGUGGUGUUCUCCGUCUAUCAGCACAUCUUCUUCACCGGUGGCCUGUCGAUGAACUGGCCAAGUGUUCUUGUUGCGUUCUGGAGCAACUACGCAUGGUCAGCUGGGAUAAUAUACAAUCAAAAGAUGCAGAACUCCAUUAACCAGUUUAUUGGGGGAAAUCGAGGUAAUAUCAGUAUGGUUGGCGCGGCUCCGAGUGGUGAAAACGCAGUUGGACUCGGUGGCGGCUAUCAAAUCUCGCAGAUCUACAGGCGGGCGGCCCCGAUCUUGUUUGAACCAUACGAAGGAACAGGCACCACCUUCCGACCUUCGGAGCUGGAGCAUGUACUCAAGAGAAGCCCGGCAAUCAAUUCUACUAUGGCUUCAGCUUGGCAUGGCACGCCGGUGCUUCCCGGUUUGCCAUUGCCCGGAAACUUUUCUGGGUUUGCCGGGACGUUGGCUGAGUUGAACAUACCAGCCUCGAAUGCAUUCCUGACUGGACUCCUGUGGUUCCUCAUUCUCUUUGCCUGCCUUUUAGCCGCCGUUGCCCUGGUCAAGUGGACGUUUGAAGGUUUAGCGGCGAUGCGACUCAUCAAGACAGGCCGGCUGGGCUACUUUCGACAACAUUGGCUGUGGUUUUCCGGCCUGGCGGUUUUGCGAACCUGCUACAUUGCAUUCUUCAUGAUGAUGUUCUUGACCAUGUUCCAAUUCACGCUAGGUGGAGCACCGGGUGUGAAAGCCGUUGCCGCAGUUGUAUUUGCAAUCUUUCUUAUCGGCAUGUUUGGGAUCGCCGCAUAUGCUCUGUGGUAUAGGACCAAAACUCCGGCAUUACCAGAAGAUGCCGAGCAGGCGAGCGGCGAGUCCGAUGGGGCCGAAAAGAUGCCUCGCACGACGUGGUACAGACUCGGCCAGAAAACGGCCGGUGGCAACGGGCAAGAUGCGCGAGAGACGGUCAGGCAACCGACAUGGCUACAGAGGCAUCUGCCAGAUUUGGAUUCAGGUCGGGUGCAUGUUCAUGAUGAUGAAAACUACAUGAUCAAGUUCGGAUGGCUGGCUGCUCGGUUUCGCCGGAGCAAAUGGUGGUUCUUUUCAGCCUGGCUGCUGUACGAACUGGUCAGGGCGGCCUUUUACGGUGGUGCUGCAGGCCACGCCUUGACCCAGGUGUUCGGUCUGUUGGCCUGGGAAACCAUUGCACUGGUGGCCAUUGUCUUGAUGAGGCCUUUUGAAAGCAACCGGCUCAACUUGCUGAUGGUAUAUCUUUUGGGCUUCAGCAAGGUCGUCACCGUGGCAUUAUCUUCGGCCUUUGAUGCUCGAUUUGGCCUAGGCCGGAUCCUGACAACUGUGAUAGGAGUGGUCAUUAUCGUCAUUCACGGGCUUCUGACCAUCUGCCUGAUGAUUGCCAUCGUUCUGGGAGCCAUCUCGAGUUACAUGUCCAUCACUCGAUACCGCGAGACGAUCAAACCCCAGUCGUGGCUAGGACCGCGGACGCGUUAUUUUGCGCAUGUUGAUCAAAAGGCUACAGAUCGUCCCAAACCUCCUCCCCCUCCACCACCUCCGGAGCCAGAAGUUCCCAAGGAACCCUACUUUACAGUAUCGGCCGUGCGCAGGCAGCCCAAGAUCGAAGAUGAAACCCCAGACAAUGAGCGUUACCUAUCACCACGUGUCUCCAUUUCUAGGGCACAAUCCGUACGAUCUCGAACUAGUGUGUCGACCUUGCCCUACGGCGCAAGACCGCACCGUACCAGUUGGAGUACCAGGGACUUCCAGGAGAUGGGGGCGGACCAAGGCAUGAACCCUAUGCGCUCAAGAAUGAGCAUCGACAGUAUCCAGGAUGUCCCCGGGAAACACCGGGCGUUAAGCUUGAGAGCCCCAUCCAGAAAUGGGCCUGUGGGCUCUGAUCUAGGUACGCCGCCCAACGACUUGGACACGCAGUUGCAACGCAAUCGCCGUCGACGGAGUGCUUCUACACCUCUGAGACCGACUUCUGCGCCUCUGGGACCGAAGCGGAAUAGUUCGAUUGUGAACGAAGAAAAGGAGAAUGACUGA